GUGCCCUUAAAAAAUGGGUUUGAGAACUAAUUUCGAGGUUACACCCUAACCUAUAACCUCUGAAAAGAAUUUUGCUAAGUCGAAAAAUAUAUAUUGUUAAAGUUUUGCCAAAAUAAUGCUGUUCAGUUGACAGAACUUUUCUUCAGAUUUUGUAAUGAAAAACAUCCUUUUGACAAACUUUUAGCACGGCAACCCCAUUGGUCGCUAAUUUGACAAAACUUCCCCAUAUAGAAGAACUUCUUUUUGACAAACUUUUCUUGUUAAUUUGUAAAAUCUUUUUGUCAAAAUAUCAAUCAAACUAAACAGAAAUUACAUUCAAAUAAAUAGGAUAAUUCUCCGUAUAUUCAUUUCAGUGAGAAUUAAAUAAAUUCCCCCUUCAAUUUGCAACAUUUCAAUUCCUAAAAAUUUGAGGAAUUAUACUACUUUGUGGUUAUGUUUUAAACGAAAAAUUUCUACAGAUUUGAAUACCCAUAGAGAAUAAUAAUACCCAUAAGAGAAAGGCCCAUACUCAAAUAAAUUAAAUAAAUUCCUCUGGGAUAUUGGCUAUCUAAAAAUAUAUAGCACUAUGCCUAGAUGAUCAUUGAUUAUCCCAAAAAUAUGUAUUUUCGGAAAUAAUGCGUUCGUGAAACUGCCCCAACCUCCUUUAAACAUAAAAUAUACCUUGCCGAGAGAUCAAAGUUCUCAUUUAAAGUCUGUAUUUAUAAUUUAAUUUUUGUCUUUUUGAAUAUUUCAAACUCAUUUUAGGUUAUGUUACCCCUAGAAACAUAACCUAUAACUUGAAUCUUGUAAAAAUAUUCUGAUAAAAAUAAUUUAUAACCCAUUAGAGUGAUAGGCGUCAAAUCUUCAGCUUUUUUUUCUUUAAAAUAUUUAUUUUUAGAUUGUUUUCUUAAAUGUUAACCUGAUUUUGAUCCAACCUAAGAAAGAUCGCAACGUUUAGAUGAAAAACUCCAAAAAUUUUCUUUUAGGGGGAAAUGGUGCACCUUUGAAAUUGGGAUUUUUUUUUACCUAUUUUUAAAGAAAAUUGAGCCUUAUCAUGAUAUAAUUUAGCUGCACAAACAGGUUAAGAAACUAAAUUACAUUAAGAUAUGGCUCAGUUUCACUUAAAUGUAGGUGGAAAAUCCCAAUUUCAAAGGUGUACCACUAUCAAAGGUGCCCCACUUUCCCCUAAAGGACCUUCAUUUCAGCUAUUUUGACUAUUUCGUGAAAAAUAAAACGAUUUGGUUUCCUCUUAUAGUGAUUUCUAACACGUUUAAUCUCGAUUUAAUAGGACGUUUAAAUAGUUCUAUCUUUAAAAGUGGAUUUUGAGGUUAAGAUUUCUCAGAUUUACAAGUUUCUUAAAACUAGUGUAUCAUUUAAAGUUUCUGAGUGUGCAUUUCAUUUUAUUUUUAAGAAAAAAACUUAUCAAAUGCAUUUAUUGGUCUCUUAGUUACCCAAAUUGGUGUUAUAUAAAUUUAUAACCUUCAAAUAGGCGGUUUUUGAGGUUAGGUUUAGAUUUACUGCCUUUUAAAUAGUAAAUGAAGGUGUUUUGAACGCAUAAAAUCAAGCUUAAGUAGAUUAAUUAAUGAAAUCUUGUCUAAAACAUGUAAUUCAAAAAGCUUUUGAUACUUUUCAAAGGAUCGAAAUCAAUUAUAAACAAAAUCUGACUAAGCUUUUGCUUUUAGAAACUUAAUAUUCAAUUCAAUGCCUCGUAAUUUAUUAAAAAAGCUAAUCUUUCUCAAACUUAUUUCGUUAUUUGGGAGUUUUAUUGUAACUACUACAACAGACAGCAUACUUGCUGGCCCGAGAUUAAUUUUUUAGUACAAUUUAUGUACUAAAAUCCAGAUUUUUGAUUCUAAACCAUUGAAAUUUGAUGAUAAUUGAAGAUUAUCAAACCUGCUGCUUUUCUUAAGACCUUCCAUUCGAAAUAUUUAAGAAAAACUCUUUCCUGUUUUAGUACUAAUUCUGUACUAAAACAUUUUUUGAAAUUUAUGUUGAAUUUUUGGAACUUUUCGUCAAACCAUGAGUCAAUUACAAACAAAAUUUGACUAAACUUUUGCUUUUAGAAACUUAUUCAGGUCAUCUUUGAUAAGUGUUGUACAAUAUAUACCAAUAUGAUACACCCCUCAAUAGAAUGCCACGAAUAGACUUCGUAUUAUUGAUACAAAAUGCAGGAAGAUUUGGAGCAAAUAAAAAUUCCACAUUAUUUCGCAAUUGACGAAAGAAAGCCCCGCGAUAACAUGAUGUUCUUUGUAUUUUCCCAUUUUCCAAAACCCAUGAUCUUCCAUAUGUCAAGUAAACAAGGAGAUUAUUCUGCUGACGCUCGGAAUAACUGAGCAUCUCUCAUGAAUCGGGGCAUCGAUUUCUAUUCGAGAGAUAAAUUUAGACAUAGAACCGUAAUAAGAAAUUAUGUUGGCUGUUUUUUUUUGUCUUGGGCGGGAAUUUGCUGGAGGAGGAAGAAAAAAAAAGAAAGAGUUGUAUAAUCUUGUGGAUGAUUAUUCACUGGUGAUUUCUUAGAUGAUGAUCUGUGUUGAGGAACAGUGAAAGAUGGUGAUUGUGGAGGGGAAUUUCAAGAGUGGCCGCGAUGGGAAGAUUCGGGCCUAUCCGGGAAAGGCAGUGGAUGUGAGUCUGUCGCUGGAGAGGAGUAAUGCCAUGGGGGCUCUGUAUGAGGCAAAUUGGCUGCACACGCAAGAGACCAUCCGCAAGGUUAAUCGCUGCCAGCCUCCGGAAUGUACCGAUGGAAUCUCAUCGUUGGGCAAGUAUCAGAUGACCCUGGAGCAGAUAAAAGCUCGCGAGGCCAAAGAUGCCAACAUCACGAGGACUAUCCGGGAACUCAAUGGGUAUCGUCCAUCGACUCUACGGAGGAAGAAUAAAAAAUAUCCAGAAUGGGAGGAAGUCCUGGAACAACCCAGACCUAUCAUUAGGCAUUUUUCUGGCAGUGAUGGCUCGUCCGGACAUGCAACCAGCGAGGACAGAGACUCCCAGGACAGCGGGGAAAGUAUCUACAUGAACACCAAACGCAAUGAGAAGCUUAAGAGAUCCCCAACAGUUUGUGCUCCAACCCAGCAUCUUCCCUUCUGCGGAACUCUGGAUAUCAAAGAUAUCUUCCGGAGGCGUCAGAAGAAAGCCGUUCCCAAGAUUUCAGAACAGCCCAAGGUCAAUUGUGAUACCUACCAUGACUACGAGGUCAUUGACUUCACGGGCAGAGGAAAAACCACCGCCAAGGAGGAGAAACCCGAAGAGAAACCCACCAAAAAGGGUUUCCUAGGCAUAAUCCGGGCUAAAAGUGUGAGGAUCAAUCCCAUUCCCAAGACAAUCGAACGUACUCUGAGCAAUCCAACUGCCAAGGGAAAAUCCUCAAAGAGUGAAAGUGAAUCUUCAUCAUUCUCCUCCAGUUCCUCCAAAUUCAACACAAUCUCCCUCGGAGGCAGGAGAUCCAGACCCCUCCUACCACUCAGAAGGAGUCCUCCUCUCAUUGAAGAGACCCAGAAGCCACAGGAACAGUCCCAGGACGAUCCUUUCAGUAUUCCACGGCCCAGACUCAUCGUUCCCGUGCAUACUUAUGCUCGAAAAAGGCGAACUGGGAACUUGGUCAGCAGCAAGGAUCUCGAUCCAGUGGGUGAUCACCGAAAAGAGUCCACCAAAGAGGGACGUGUUGAGGUGUCACGCGAGGGAAAAUACCUGUCUACACUGUCCGGAGCUAAAGUACUUGGUGAACUUGCAAUUCUCUACAAUUGCCAACGAACAGCCACAAUAACCGCCGUUAACGAUUGCAAACUCUGGGCUAUUGAGCGACAAUGUUUCCAGACAAUUAUGAUGAGGACUGGCCUCAUUCGCCAGACCGAGUACACAGAUUUCCUCAAAAGUGUGCCCAUCUUCAAGAAUCUGCCCGAGGACACAUUGAUCAAGAUCUCAGACGUACUGGAGGAGACCUACUACCAGAAGGGGGACUACAUUGUGCGUCAGGGUGCCCGUGGAGAUACCUUCUUUAUCAUUUCCAAGGGUCAGGUAAGGGUGACUAUUCGGCAGCCGGAUGGGCAGGAGGAGAAAUUUAUCAGAUUGCUGGGCAAAGGGGACUUCUUUGGGGAGAAAGCCCUCCAGGGAGAUGAUCUCCGGACAGCUAAUAUUAUCUGUGACUCUCCCGAUGGAGUCACGUGCCUUGUGAUUGAUCGCGAAACCUUCAAUCAGCUCAUAUCCAACUUGGAGGAAAUUAGACACAGAUACGAUGAUGAAGGAACGCUCGAGAGGGAAAGAAUCAAUGAAGAAUUCCGGGAUAUAAAGUUGACAGACUUGCGUGUGAUCGCAACUCUGGGAGUUGGGGGUUUUGGUCGAGUAGAACUUGUCCAGCUAAAUGGUGAUCAGUCGCGAUCGUACGCCCUGAAGCAGAUGAAGAAAGCCCAGAUCGUUGAGACGCGUCAGCAGCAACAUAUUAUGUCGGAAAAAGAGAUCAUGGUUGAGGCAAACUCUGACUUUAUCGUGAAGCUCUUCAAAACGUUCAAGGAUCGCAAGUAUCUGUACAUGCUGAUGGAGAGCUGCCUGGGUGGCGAGCUGUGGACGAUCUUGAGGGAUCGAGGACACUUUGAUGAUGCCACAACGCGCUUCUACACGGCCUGUGUGGUCGAGGCAUUUGACUAUCUUCAUUCCCGGAACAUCAUUUACAGAGAUCUUAAGCCGGAGAAUCUGCUGUUGGAUGUUCAGGGAUACGUGAAGCUGGUGGACUUUGGAUUUGCCAAGAAGCUCCAGAGUGGUCGAAAAACUUGGACUUUCUGCGGAACUCCGGAGUACGUGGCUCCAGAAGUAAUCCUCAAUCGCGGUCAUGACAUCAGUGCUGAUUAUUGGUCUCUAGGAGUGUUAAUGUUUGAGCUUCUAACCGGAACUCCGCCCUUCACGGGAUCAGAUCCCAUGAGGACCUACAAUAUCAUCCUGAAGGGAAUCGAUGCAAUCGAAUUCCCAAGGAAUAUCACCCGGAACGCCAGUGCUCUCAUCAAGAAGCUCUGUCGCGACAAUCCAGCCGAGAGACUCGGCUAUCAAAGGGGAGGAAUCAGUGAGAUCCAGAAGCACAAGUGGUUCGACGGAUUCUAUUGGGAAGGCCUGCGGAGUCGCACCUUGACACCUCCGAUCCGGCCGGAAGUGAAGAGCGUCACGGACACCACGAACUUCGAUGUCUACCCACCAGAUCCCGACGGACCGCCUCCGGAUGACCUCACAGGAUGGGACAAUGACUUCUGAGGAGCGCCCCAAAACACACAAAUUAGACAAUUUGACGUCUUGUCUGUUUCACUACUAUGCUCGUUGUAAUUUGUGUACAUUCAUAGUGUUAAAAUGAAUUAAAUUUUUCGUAUAUUUUA